AUGAAUUAUAAUAUUAAUGAAGAUAAAUUUUGUAUUGAGGAAAAAAAAAGUUUUUCUGAUAUUUUAGGGGUAUCAAUUAGUAAUGAUUCAAUAAAUUUUGAAAACAAUAAUUUUGAUGGUAUCUUUGAGAUGGAAGAUUUUACAAACCUGACACAAUUUGAAAGAAUAUGUUUUACUUUUGAGGUUAUCUUACGUAAAUGGAAUAUUCAUAAUAAAAAAGUUGUUAAUUUUAAUGAGGUUAACAUUAAAAAAUGUAGAUGGAUUAAAAAAAGUAGUAAAUUUGUAUUUAAAGAAAAAAAUUAUAUAAUAAAAUAUUAUUGUCCUGAAAUGAAUACAAAAUUAAAAUCUAUAAAUAAAUUAGAGUCAUUGGAUUGUUCAAAAAUUUUAAUGAAUAAAUUUUAUAAUAAUGUUCCAUCAUUUAUAAAUGAAUUUGGAAUUGUUGAGUGGCUUUUCAUAUGUCCCGAAUCAGAAAAAGAUAUUAUUUCAAAUAAGAAUGAUUUAAUUUUGUUGAUGUCAUGUCUGGAAAGUUGUGACGCAAAUUGCACUCUACCUUUCAUAGUACAAUUUGAUGCUUCCUCUAAACAUAUUUUUUAUGGCUUUCAAAAAAGUUCAUUUUCAAAGUAUGAAUUUAAGUCAUGUUAUCUAAAAACAACUAAAACAUACUUUAAGCUGCCUAUUGACAUAAAAAAUAUAUUUUUCGAAAAUUUUAAAUAUGAUACGGUAGAUAUACAUGAUAUUUUACAUACAUGUGAAAUUGAAUAUUCAUAUUUAAAGAAAAAAAACAAAAAUGACAAAUUUACUCCAUCAAACUUUUAUGACAGAAAUGAGUUUUUAAAUCAACUUUUUAAAAUUUUAAACUAUAAAAAUGAGACAGAGGAAAUUAAUAAUCUUAUAAAUGAAUUUAAAUUGUUUAUUCGUUUUGAUGGAAUGCCUUAUAAUGAUAAAGAUGAUUGGUUAAAAAAUGAAAAUGAUAUAUUGUUGAUGGAAAAAAAUUCAUCAAAAUGGUUUUGUCAGACUGAGUUUAAAAAUAUUGAUAGUCAAUUUUUGACAGGUAUCCUAAAACAAUAUUUAACUUUUUUUAAUACUUCAACACAUUUUAAUACAUCUAUUCAAGAUAUUUUAUUUAAUGUAAAUGAAAAGUUAAACAAAAAAAAAUUUACCAAUUCAAUAUUUUUUAGUGAAAGUAUAAAAAUAGAUUCCAAUGACCCAAUGGAUUUAUUAUUUAAGACAAUUACUAUUAAAGAGAUAAGAAAAUUUCAGGCAAUUAGUAAAGAAAUAAUUCAAACAAUAUUUAAUUAUGUUAAAAAUCCAUCAUCUAAAUUUAAUAAAAAUAAAUGUUAUGAUGAUGAAUAUUUAUUUAUUAAAAAAACUCUUAAAAAUAGCAAAACAGGACCUUCUUAUUCUAUUGUAGAAUUGAUAUCUCUUACUAUAGGUAUAAUUAUAUAUAAAGAAAAAAAUGGUAUUAUAUUUUCUUGUCUUUUAUGGAAUGAAUUUUUAAAUUUUUUACAACAUAAUUUUGAGAAUUGUAAAUAUUUACCUGGUAUAUCAAAAAAACAACAUCCAGAAUUUGGACAUUCAAUAUUUCAACAAAAUAUUGAACUAUUACAAUGUUGUAUUUAUUCAAGAAAAAAAUGGAAAACAUUAAAUGAUUAUCAGAUAAAAUAUGGUAGAGAUAUUAAAUCAGACAUACCACUUUACCACCAUCCAAAUGAAUAUAUUUUUAUUCCUGUUUUACAAGAUAAGAUACCACAAACAGAGGAAACUUUUUUAAGAGAGAUAGAAAAUUUUGUUGAGACAAAUUCAGAUGAAAGACACAUCAACCAAUUAUCAUUUUUAACAUCUGACAUGAGUGCUUUCAAAGCAGCUAAUCCUAAGUGUUGUUUUAAAGAUUUUAUUCGUUGGCACUCACCAAAUGAUUGGAUUUUAAAUAAUGAAAAUAAAAAAUAUGAACUUUCAAUUAGAAUGUCUGGAAAUGAUAAUAUAUGGAAAAAAACAUGGGAUAAAAGUAAACCAAUUUCUAUAUAUAAACAAAAAAAACAUUUUGACGAGAGUGAGGAAUGGAAAAAAACAAUUGAUAAAUUGAAAAAUUUGACAUUUGGUGAGAUGAUACAAUAUACACUUCCAAAUAUAUUUAAAAGUAUAAUACAAAUUUUAUUUGAUAAUUUUGAAAUAUUUUCAUUACAAAUUAAAAAAAAGUUUAGAAAACUUUCAAUAACCUUUUGUCAAUGUACAUUUCAAAUAGGUAAAGUAGAGGUAUAUCAAAAUAUUUUAAAUGAAAUAAAUUAUAUAGAAAAAUAUAUUGAAAAAGAUUAUCAUUUAAGAAGAUAUUUUUUUAAUUAUUUUAUUAAUGAAAAAGAUAUAUCAUAUAUUGAAUAUUUAAUAAUGGGAAUGGCAGAAAAUGGAAUUAUUAAAAUUGAAAAUAAUAAACGUAAUCUAAUAAAAUAUUUAAUAGAGAAAAUAUUUUAUGACCAAAAUGAUAAUUUUUGUUUUAGUAGGCAAAUUCCAACUUCUAAACGUUAUAUUUUUUCUUUUUAUGAUGCUAGAAUUUAUGUAUCAUUUUCAGGAGAUGAAACAAGAAUUUAUUCAAAAAUGCCAAAUUCAUAUAUUAAUAUUAAAAAAUUAGAAGACAAUUUAAAUAAAAACCAAUAUCCGUAA